UGACUUUGGGCAUCUACAUUUUCCUCCUCCCGCUGCUGCUUGGACAAGAAAACUCUUGCCCACCAAAGGCUAAUUUUGAGAGCUACUGCUACACCUGUGUUUGCCCUGCUUCAACAUCGCUGACGAAUCCAUGGGAUAGCGACCUUGGAUCCAGUUUGACAUCUGGAGUGUGAUUCAGUUGAUAUUUUACCAGAGGCUGCCGAAGAGGAUCUGAAGCGGUCGUUGGAGCCGACGUGCACCCUGGUUCGGCCGAUACUGGCGGCGCUGUCCCGCAGCCUCCGCUCGGCGAAGCCGCGGGCCAUCUUGAGCUCCAUCAGGUUGAGCUUCCUCUUCAGCGCCUUGUUCUCUCUCUGGCACUGAGACAUUUGCAGGCUCACCACCGCGUAGUCGUCGUCCACCAGUUUACAGAUCUCCGCCACCGCGGCGUUAGCCAGCACCUCCAUGAUGGAGGCGAGCUGGGUCUGGAAGGCUAGGCGGCUAGCCAUGGUUCUUCUCGGACUGCUACCUCUGGUUUAGUGACGGGAUCCUCUAGUUAUCGUCCUUCUGGUCGGGGGGCGACUCGGGUCGCACCAAAGCAUGAAAUGCGACACACCUACGGGUGUUAUUGAACAAUUUUGACGGAACUUGCUAAGAACACGUCAGGCAAGAAAGUAGCGUAGCCAACUAGCUUGUUGCUACUCGACUCUAGCUUCGCAGUCGGUCGGACCCAUUUCCGCCUGUCGUAGCUACCAUAGGAGAGAGAAGUACCGUAGUUACCUUAGUAAUUGUACUUUGAUAAAUGUUUAAUAUCUAUCACAAUGUUUGAUAUACUGAUACAUUGAGUCAUCGUAUUAAAGUACGAAUUUAUGAGUGACACGUUUGUUCAUACCAAAAAAUAAAGUAUUCGGUUUGUUUAGACCUUAUAUCGUUGCAAAAGUUUGAGAUCAGAUGCCCACUGAUGCCAGAACCUUUUUCCAGCCAUUAGCUUUUCAUAUUUAGGCUGCAGAUCUUGGAACACUGGUAAUAAUAACGUAUGUACAUCAAUACUUUUAUUAAUUCAAACAAAAAGAUCCAUUCACUUUUUAAACUCUAUUGGUGUUCGUGUAUUUUUCUUAAAAGGCAUAUUCAAUAUACAGAGGACUUUACUGAUGUCGAAGAAUGAAAAGAAUGCUGUCACUGUAAUAGUAGCAAUAAAACUAAAGUAGUAUAGUAACAAGUACAACUUUAACGACAGUGUGUAGGCCUAUUUCAGAUUUGUUAAAAAAAGGCCGUUAAUGCAUGUUGUUAAUAGAUGUUGCAUAGCAUACUCAGGAUUCAAUGCACACAUGAGCAUGUGGUGAAUAAAGUCAAGAUCAAAUCUAGAUGAUCUAAGCUCGUAUCUCUAAGUAGUAAUGUUUAAUUGGGGAUACUUAAAAACAGUUGAACAAGGUGCAACCGUAAGGGAUCAAGAACCUGCAAGUUAUACUUUAUUAUGUCAAACUAAUCCAACAGAAAAAUCCAAAACAAGACACAUGAAAGAAACAUACCAGAGUAACUACGGUAAUUACGAUUUUUUGGUCAUCGGCGGAAGUAGCUCUCCGUGGAUAAUUACGUCACGAGUGUAAACAGAAUGUAAGUUCCUUUAUUCAGCACAAUUAUAUUAUGGACUAUAUUCAAAAUAUAUAUUUUAAAUGUGAAUAUCGGCUCGGAAGAUCUUGAACAGUGGUAGACUUUAUGUUGGCACCGGCAGUGGAACUGAGAGGCGAACAGUUGGCUGCUUAUCUGGUGCGUUAAGAGGUUCUUUAUGUCGCUAUUUCAUGAGUCAAACUCCAGGGCGUCUAGUCUAAAGCCCUAGCAGGCGCCCAGUCGAUGUCAUCACUCGAACGAAACGAUUUGAUCGAACUUAAUUUGUUUAAACCCUAUCCGUGUCUCCUUGAAGCACUGUCGAGUCGACAUUACUAAUCCGUGCGCAAUACCCUGCAAAAUAAAGUAAAACUACAGUUUAUUUUUGCUGUGGAGAGAAGUAUACGGAUAUAAUACGACUACCUGCCUGCUCGGUUGAUAUUUGCGUGAACCCGAGCCUCCAGAGGUUUCUCCAUCGGCUCUCUCACUCUUGGUCCGAGACGCAACCAUGGCCGGCCGCCUAGCCUUCCAGACCCAGCUCGCCUCCAUCAUGGAGGUGCUGGCUAACGCCGCGGUGGCGGAGAUCUGUAAACUGGUGGACGACGACUACGCGGUGGUGAGCCUGCAGAUGUCUCAGUGCCAGAGAGAGAACAAGGCGCUGAAGAGGAAGCUCAACCUGAUGGAGCUCAAGAUGGCCCGCGGCUUCGCCGAGCGGAGGCUGCGGGACAGCGCCGCCAGUAUCGGCCGAACCAGGGUGCACGUCGGCUCCAACGACCGCUUCAGAUCCUCUUCGGCAGCCUCUGGUGUGGUGUUUGAGGGGCAGAUGGACAUGGUUCCUUGGCCAGGCGGAGUGGUGAGAGAGACCACCACCUGCGACCUCCAGCAGGACACGUCUGCGGACGUAGAGCUGCUUGAAACAGAGUUGGUGAAGCAGGAGAAGAUGGAGGAGACAGAAGAGGAGGUGCAGCUCAUCAGAGCUGAUGGUCAGAUGGAGAGAGGACCUGGGGGAGGCCGGGUCCAGCGGAGCAGCCGCCCUCAGCAGGAGGUCCAGGCCGCCUAUCACCACAAUGAGUGUCCGGACCCCGCCCCAUCGGCCAGCACCAGAGGAGUGGAGAAGGAGGAGGAGCCUGACGUGACGCUGGUGAAGCAGGAGGCGGGGCUAGAGUCUCCAGACCACUCCCACCCCACAAUCAUCAUACAAGACGUCUCUGUCGGGCUACCAUUGGACAACACCAACAAAGCCACCAGCCAACCGGUCCAGGAACUCCAGGAAUGUUGGCAGGGCUUCUCACAGACCCCUGCUGACCCCCAGGCCAAGCCUUCAGAAGAGCCCUGCACUACUAUCCCUGUCCAUGCGGGGGCCACAGACACCAACACGCAGUCCAAGGACUCCACCUCCCAGCAGCCCCGGCGGCCCGGCAGUGAGGCUGCGGCCUCAGAGGUCUCUGUGUUGGACCUGGAGGCUUUCUUCACCCGCUGGACCCCCGACUCAGGAGCCCCGCCCACUGCUCCUCCCUCCUUCAGCACAGAAGAGCUGCUGGAGGAAGAGGAGGAGGAGGAGGAGGAAGAGGUGGUCCUAGUAGGGGAAGACCACCAUCCCCCACGCAGGAGGAGAGGGUUCAGCCAGAGGAGCUCUAGAAUACACACCAAUCACAGCCCUUCUCCAGGUAACUCGCUGUCUGCAUCGCCACGGUUACAGGCCCCACCCCAACAGCCCACCUGGAGCCGGGCGGCGGCCAUGAUGAGAACCACGCAGCCUCAGUCGCUGCAGCACAGGCGUCACGGCUACAGGGCCGCCCAUCGUGGUCUCCACGCCCCCCAGAACCCGCUAGCCACCACCGUUAACGUCAACGCCGGUCUGAGCGGUGUCGGCCAUCGCGCUGGAACACUGAUCCGCCGUUUGCAGAGUUUCCCCAGUUAUCCCCCAGCCGGUCACCCAGCCGGCGGCAGUGAAAGGAAGGCGCUGACCAGUGAUGGUUCGGGGCUGGGUGGUGUAAGCAUUGGGCUAGAUGGGGUCGGCAGGGGGCUUGAUAGUGUGAGCAUGGGGCUAGGUGGCGUUAGCUUAGGGCUAGGCGGGAUUGGCAUGGGCCUUGGUGGGGUUAGGGUGGGGCAAGAUAGUAUUAACAUGGGGCCUGGGAGUGUUGGCUCAAGGCUAGGCAGUGUUAACGCCGGGCUGGCCGAUGUAAGAGGGGGGCUAGGCAGUGUUAGCGGGGGGCUAGGUGGUGUUAGCGCUGGGCUAGGCGGUGUUAAUAUGGGGCUGUGUGGGGAUGGCACAGGGAUAGGGGAUGUUAGCGGGGGCCUCGACGGUAUUAGCUCCAGGCUAGGCGGGGGAAGCCGCAGGAGGAACUACGUAUGCCGGGCCUGUGGGAAGGCCUUCUCCGGGCUGUCCAACCUGGAGGCCCACCAACGGGUCCACACGGGGGAGAAGCCCUUCAGCUGCUCCACCUGCGGCAAGCGCUUCUCGGAGGCCGGCAACCUGAAGAAGCACCAGCGGGUCCACACCGGGGACAAGCCCUAUAGCUGCCCCCGCUGUGGGAAGCGCUUCGCCUGGGUCUGCAGCCUCAGGACCCACCAGCAGACCGGAGCCGGCUGUGGGCUCCAGGGGGGCGGACCGGGGCGGCCGGAUCAGUGACCGGGUUCUGAGGACUAGCAGGACUCUCUGGCCUGAGUCCACGAGGGCUCUGAUGCUGAUUCAAGUCAUUUAGUCACUCCCACCAGUCAGGAUGUUUUAACCUCUGGAGAGGGGAACCAACCAGGACCUUUACCGACGGUUACCUCUGAAAAGAACCAGACACGCAAAUAUAACCUCAGGGACAACAGAGGCACUGCGACAUGAGUCAGACCUCAAACAUGGUCAGUACCUUCCAAGCACUUGAAGAGGGGGAUGCAUACUGUGAGGGGGGUAUGGGUGGAGGAAAGUAGCUGUCCUGGUCAUUGAAACAUUUUGUUAUCAUCAGGAGACAUUCCUUGUGUGAGGCAUGUCUCACACAAUCUUUUGGGGAUUAUAAACCCAAAAGGUGUUGAAGAAUACAUUUGGUUCACAUUUUCACAGUUUUGCCUCUGAACCACAACUGUUCCUUAUUGACUCCUCACAGUACUGCAGAGUGUCCCAUGAAAUAUUGUGAUGUACAAACCCUUUACAAUACCACUUACUACUUUUCUAAAUACAUGAAUUCAGGGAAACCAAAGCAAACUAUUUUUUUAAAUGUCUUCAAAAUAAGUGCAGUGUAGGAGGGUGUUUUAAAUAGUUAUUUGUUAAAAUAAAAAGUAUUGACAAAUAAGGAUCUAAAUUUCCUUGGUAUUUUGGUUGAAAGUUGUAUAGGUCGGUGAUCGCUUCACGUGAAUACUGUAUGUCAUCAUAACACGCGCCACAUCAUGAGGGAGGCAAGUAACAACAUUGACAUGCAGACACCGUGUUGACCUUUGGAUAGUACGACAACGUCACCAUAAUGGAGGCCCAGACUGGCCUGUUAACGAGUGAACUGCCGUUUUUUCCUGUACGAGAUGGUUAAGUUCUCAACCGAUUUCAAGGAGUCGUUUAAAUUUAACAGUUUAUGAUCUACAUGGAGUAAUAAAACAUUGGGUAAAACAGCUAUUGGUAUGCGAAAAUGAUGUGCACGCACCUCUUCAGCCUGUUGAGACGCGCAGUCCUCCCGGAGCUUAGAACCGCGUCACUGCGACUAGUCCCAGUCUCAUGACACCUUAGAUGACUGCAGUGUAUUUUGAGAACGUUUUGAUGCUUUUCACAGCUAAAUAUCCAAAGCAACAGGGGUUUGAGCAGCCCUAUUUGCAGUCAGUUCAUGUAAUUUGUGUACAUUUUUGGGUGAAAAACUAUUUUGCCCCUGGUGUAUGCUUGAAGGAGGGCAAGAAUUAUAGAUCACCGAUUAUCGUAUUUCAAUGGAAUUGUAUCCUUAUGAAAGAGUAUCGACCUUUUGUUUCACAGUCUUAAUAGCAAUAAUAAGAUGUGCCCUCAAAAUGCUCAACUAUGAGGUUUGAAAUGUCAGUGAGAAAGGAAAACUAGUUUUAGUCCGAUACCAACAUAACAUUUUCAUAUACUGAAAAAAGUAACAACCAUCAGACUUGUGAAUGGUAUUUGAAUUCCUAAACAUGUUGUGCUAUUGGUCGAUUCCAUGUAAAACUAGGGUUUGGCCAAAUAACUGCCCAGCCCUACAUUCAAAUAAAGUGUGUGGGGCACUUCUGAAGAUCUGCACGAGCUCGGAUGGAGAAGUUUAAACCAGGCUUUAUAGUUGUAGUCGGUCUGCCUUUGAACAUUCACACCUUGUGGUCACGUAUCAUACCACCAGGUGCGAGUUUGAUUAGCCGGUACUAGCCGUUUUGAAAAUCGGCCUCUUCCGACAUCACAGGAGGGCAUGUCCACCAAGUUGUAUGACGGAUAUAUGAGCAACAUUUUCUACAGUCCACUGGGUAGGCUGGUAGACUGAUCUAUCCAGGGCACAUCUAGUAGGAUACGCCCGGUUGUGAUGUAGGCUCAUCACACUCACACCUGGUGGUCUAAUAUGGGACCUCUCAAGUCAUCCCGACCCUGGAGGACACGAGACCCAUGACCGUACUCUUGUGUCCAGGGCCGUCGUUAAGGGGUGAAA